AUGACUCUUGGAAUACCGUCGUCGGCGAUUCACAUUCAGCCUGCUGGGCCUGCUGCUCUUCCUACAACUCCCCGAACCCCCUCGCUUGUCACAAUACACCCUGUCGUGCUCUUCUCUAUCCUUGAUCAUUAUCUGCGCCGAACGGAUUCUCAAGAUCGCGUUAUUGGGACACUUCUGGGGACACGCUCUGAAUCCGAUGUUAUUGAAGUCAGAUCCUCGUUCGCUGUCUUGCACAGCGAGACAAGUGAACAGGUUGCUGUAGACAUGGACUAUCACAAAGCCAUGUAUGAACUACACCAUAAAGUAAAUCCAAGAGAGGUUAUCGUCGGAUGGUAUUCCACAGGCUCGAAUCUGAACACAUUUUCCGCCCUUAUACAAAAUUUCUACUCUCAAGAGAUCGCGCCCUACCCUGCUAUCCAUGUCACCUUGAAUACGGGUGUUGAUACCAACGAAAAGGCAGGCGUGACAGCCUAUGUCAGCUCACCUGUGGGCGUCUUCCCCAAACCCGAAAAUUGCGUAUUCACCCCGGUACCAACGGAGUUGAAGUUUCACGACGCUGAGCGAAGUGGAUUGGACCUCCUUACCGAGACUGCCGCUUCCCCCUCAUCAACUUCCGUGCAACCUACGACGGAUUUCGAGAUUUUGGAAAAAUCUAUUGGGUCUGUCUCAGCCAUGCUGGAUCGCGUAUUGACAUACGUGCGAGCCGUCAUUGCUGGCGAGGUCAAAGGGGAUGCUGCUGUUGGUAAAUAUCUCAUGGAUAUGCUUGGAGCUAGCACAGAGGACCUAGAAAAGGGCGGUUUCAAUGCCAGCCUCCAGGAUACAUUGAUGUUCUCUUACUUGGCAAAUCUCGUGCGAUCACAAGCAGAAGUCUCUUCGAGGCUUGCGUUGGUUACGUCGUAG